AUGAUGAUGAGCUUUAAAUUUUUACUGACUGUUGUAUUUUGUUACCUCGUAGUAUUGGACUAUACAAAUGUAUGCGAAAGCAAACGUCCUACUUAUACCGUACCAGAAUAUCGAAGACUAUUGGUGCGAUUGCUUGCAUGUGAAGAAGAACCACUGAAUAAGACAAAAUUGAACGGUAAGACUUUCAUUUAAUACAGAUAUAUUCACUUCUCUUCGCAUCAGCUUCAGAGAUAGCUUAGCAAGGCGCAUUUAACACCUUGACAAGUGAGACAGGAAGUAUGCGGGUGAUUAUAAAGUGAGAGCCUUUGAUAUACAUGGCAACUCAAUAAAUUUAAGUUUAAAUGCGAUGACCACCAAAUCGGUCAAUUUGUCUCAGAAAUGCGCGUUCACUGAAGACAAUAACUAUAAUCCAUUUAACUGAGUGGAUAUGUACAGUGGAACAUGAUAAAAAGGGUAGUUGUGUUAUUGACUAAAUUCACUUGUGAAAUACACACAUUCCGCACAGUAUACGCAUAUAAAUUUCCUGUUCGGACGAUCUAACGAGCAUUUUUAAUGUUGAAUUGUUAGGUUAAAGAAGUAUAGUAAUAAUCAGUCAAAAAUAUAUUGGAAAUUUUGGAAAUGAUGAAUGCCACUUUAUGGCACAAAGUCAAAAAUAUGAAAUGCUUCGAAAAUGACUGGUGAUCAUUUAUUAGAAGACCUUGAGCCAAUGAGUCCUGGGUAAUUGUAAUUUAGGAAUUGGUUUCUUUCCACUAUACUUCAGAUUUGUCAAAGUAAAUGAGAUGAGGCAUAACACUGAUAGGUUAUCACAGUGAAUGUAUAAAAACACGAGGAGAGUCAUCCAUGAGUCUUCAUUUUACCCCUUAGAUCAUCCGCUAAUUCUAUAUGCCUCAAGUUUAAAAUUGUACUAUGCGCUUGUUUUAAAAUAUGACUUUGCCAGAUAAUGGUGAUGCUGGUAAUUUGUGCAUUUUUUGCUUUCGAUGAUUUUCAAAUGUUAGAGUUAGCUAGUAAGUGUCGAAAAUGUUGGCUUUUAGCCCUAAUAACAACCAUGAAAAUUAUGUUCUAUGUUGACUAAUUGUUUUAAUCCUAAGUUUCAAAUGGAAACCAAAAACGGAGUUCAUUACCAGAGCCUUUAUUUGGAUGUACGCUAACUGGUGUACAAUGGUAGUAUUUUUAGGCGCAAUCGUAAGAACAUUUGUAAAAAGCACGGCCGAACUUAUCUCCUCUUGUCCUUAUAUAUAUAUAUAUAUAUAUA